ACCAUGGGAAACAGCAGUUCCCACAAGAGGACCAAAGCACCCAGUCAGGCCAGUAAGGACAGGCCGCCUGGCAUGGAGAAGGCCCGUCACAAGCAGUUCUUCAGCCACCUCAAGCGGAAGAAGCCAAGUGUGAAGGCCCCUGACUCCGCCCGGGUGGGUGAGAACACCCGCAUCAAGACUGGGAAAACCAAGAUCGUACUGCUUUUCCCGCUGGAUAAGCGGCCACAGCUGGCCGAGGCAGCAGCGGGCCGGUAUGUGCGGCCCGGUCGGCCGGCUGAGGAUGCGCUCGGCGCCCCGACAUGCUUCCCAGCGGUGGCGCCCAUGCUGCGUGGGGCAGGCGACGGCGUGGACAGGCGCGAAGGCGCGCGCGCGCGGGAGAUGAAAAGGAUCCUGGUGCUGCUGCUGCAGCUGGACGCGCGGCUGCAGGAGGAAGGGCGUCGCGGGGCAGGCGGGCGGGGGGGCGGGGCCAAGGCCCCGCAGGGCUGGCAGCCGCUGUAUGCGCAUCUGCUGACCCACCACGAAGCCUGCGGUGAAGGCGAUCCUCGCGAGGAGCAGCCGCGCAAGCGGCGCCGCUGCCCUCGCCCGCGGCCCUGA